AUGAAAUCAUCAAAAUUGAAUCCAGUCACAACUCAUAAAGAGUUCAAUGGUAUUUCUGGGGCAUUAGGUAUAACAAUUGGAUUGCCUUCACUCAUUGUAUUGUUUUAUUUAUUGUGCAACCAAACAUAUUCCAUUCAAGGAAUUAGUGUCGAUUUCUCCAAAAUAACAAAUCAAUUGCCAACUACUCAGGAUGAAUUAUGGCAGCUAGUGUUCAAUAAAACUUGUUGGUUGGCAUAUUUAGCUUGGUUUUUUAUUUUGGUCAUUUUGGAUUAUUUGUUGCCAGGCAAGUCAUUAGAUGGGGUGAAGUUAAGAGAUGGCACUGUUUUAAAUUAUAAAAUCAAUGGCUUAAGCAUGAGCUCUUUAUUAAUUGUUUUGCUAUUGGCUCGGUUAUUCCAACUGAACAAAGACAGCACUUCUGAAUAUUACUUGCCUGAAUUGCAAUUUAUUUAUGACAACCAAUUACAAUUGAUCAUUAUUUGCUUUUUGUUUUCUUUUAUGUUAGCCGUGUUUGUAUAUAUAAUUUCGUUUAUCCCGUUAGCUAAGCCAAAUGGAAUUGGUACAAGAGAAAGAAUUUUGAGUAUCAAUGGCAAUACCGGCAAUGCAUUUUAUGAUUGGUUCAUUGGUCGUGAAUUGAACCCAAGGAUAGGUAGUUGGGAUAUAAAGUUGUUUUGUGAGUUACGUCCUGGAAUGUUAUUAUGGUUGUUGAUAAAUUUGAGCUGUUUGCAUUAUCAGUACCAUAAUUUGGGCUAUGUAACAGAUUCAAUGGUUGUUGUGAAUUUACUUCAAGCAUUUUACAUCUUCGAUGGGGUGUUGAACGAAGAAGGUUGUUUGACAAUGAUUGAUAUCACCACCGACGGAUUUGGUUUCAUGUUGAGUUUUGGUGACUUGGCUUGGGUUCCAUGGACUUAUUCUUUACAGGCAAGAUAUUUGAGCAUAAAAGGUAAUGAAAUCAAUCUAGGAUGGACGUUAAGUUUGUUAAUCAUUGGAUUACAAGCAUUAGGAUUUUACAUUUUCCGUUCAGCAAAUAAACAAAAAUCAGACUUUAGACAAGGUAAAUUGCCACAUUUGAAAAGCAUCCAAACCAAAACUGGCUCAAAAUUGUUGGUGGAAGGCUGGUGGGGAUUAUCUCAACACAUUAAUUAUUUGGGCGAUUGGUUGAUUGGACUAUCUUGGUGUUUGCCUACUGGUUUCCAAACUCCCUUGACUUACUUUUACGUCAUUUACUUUGCUUCCUUGUUGAUCCAUCGUCAAAUUAGAGAUGAAAUGAAAUGCAGAGCAAAAUACGGCGAAGACUGGCAAAAAUACGAAAAACUAGUUCCUUAUAAAAUAAUUCCUUACGUAUAUUAA